AUGGUCAAAAGCUAAGUUAGCAAGCUAACGUCACGGCACUUUAUAGUAAAUAAAACGGCCAGUCUGUGUUAUAUUUGAACUAAAUGCACGGAGAUCGCUAGGGCUAACUACUAGUUAGAUAACCGUGCUAUAUGUAACUGUAGAUAACGUUGGGUCAGCGAACUAGUGUUAUCCAAUGGUUAAGGCUAACGUAGAAGGUGGCUAACGUUAACCAUUUGUAAACGGUCGUAACCUAACCGCAGACAGCAACCAAACAUCCUGCAACAGCUAGUUGUCCUUAGUUAAUGGUGUUUAGUAGCGUCAGUUACAAGUCAGUUUUAGCCUAAAGACACUGUGCUUUUCGGUCACCGACGGCGAACUUCUGAGUUUUUUUAUUUAUUUAAAAGUUUAUUCAUUUAACGUGCGGAAUUUACUGAAAGGCGGAGAUAAUGCACCACGUCAAGAUCAAGACCGAAAGGCCAGAUUUAGAGGGGACUGGUGCACGCAGCAGACUGGAUGCGGUUUUAAAGGGACUGGUAGAGAAGAGUGAAAAUGAAAAGGAGCAAAAUGAGGGUGAUACUGGAAAAAUAUCAGUGGACUCUUUAAACAAGGAUUUGUCUCCAUCAUCUGCUGGGAAAAGGGCAUCAGCACGAUUUCCACAACACCGGCGGAAGAAGAGAAAAGAAAUGGAUGAAGGCAUACCAGAAAGCAAUCAGCAUAAACAAAAUGCUUACAUUAUCAAGUUGUUUGAUCGCAGUGUAGAUCUGGCUCAGUUUAAUAACAGCACCCCUCUGUAUCCUAUCUGCCGUGCCUGGAUGAGAAACAAUCCUUCUGUUCGAGAGCCAGCUACUUCCCCAAGCCCUCCACACAGCAUUGUAGAGGAAGAGGUCACAGACAUGAUGAAUGGUAAAGGUCAGAAUGUGUACAGACUCCCUCCUCCAACCUCCUGUCCAAUCAACAACUCUGGUGAACCCAUCAAUCUAAGGAUCCCACAGACUGAAAAACCCACUGUUACCAAGUCAGCAGAUUCAGUUCCUAUAUCAGGUUCCCUCAUAUGUGACCACAUGGAACGUUGGAAAAAGAUACGACAGAAAUGGAAGGAGUGCUCCAACAAGAACCAGUUAAGAUACAGCGAGAGCAUCAAGGUCCUUAAGGAGAUGAAGGAGCUCUAUGAUCGCUAGCUGGAUACUUUGCAGCUCUUCAACACAGAAUGGACUCUAUGCAGUUGGAAGGGAGCCAUGCUGUAGCAGUCAAUGUUGAAAUAAACCUGCCAUCUGCACAAUAAGACUUAUAGGAUAAGCAUUAAUAGAACCUUGAGCCUUAAAUAGACCAUAUUUCCUAUGCAUUGCAGAAAAAAAAUAGUUUGAAGGAUGUUUAAGUUUUUAGCAAUUUCUUGAGCGGGAAAGUGUUCCAGUGUGAUGUGGGAAUGUUUUUAUUCACAUGCAUUCUGUGUAGAUGUCUGAAUAAAUGAACUUGCUCAUCAGUGA